UGUUUCAUCUCCUAUUUAAAAUAUAAUCGAAAAGGUUGUGAAGCUUGAACUAUGGCAUUCAAUUUGAGUAUUGAUAAGAAUUCACACAAUACAUCGAUGAUGAAAAAGCUUGAUAAUAUGAGGAAAGAAAAGCGUCAUUCUGAUCUCACAAUCAAAGUAGGAAGUGAAGAAUUCCUGGUUCACAGAAACAUAAUCUCCGCUGGUUCUGAUUAUUUUGAUGCGAUGUUGUCUCAUGAUAAUUUAGAAAGCAACACAGGAAUUGUUAAUAUGAAAGAAGUCGAUGUCGAUUCUGUGAAAAUUUGCAUUGAUUACAUUUACACUGAGGAGGCUUCAAUUACUCUGGAAAAAUGUGAAGAGCUUUUCCAUGCUGCCAGCAUUAUGCAAUUGUCAGUACUUUGUGACAAUAUAAUUGAGUCCUUGAAGAAUAAGUUGAAUCCAAAAUCAUUUUUUCAAAUCAGAGGAAUCGCGAAUAAUUUAAACCAACCAACGCUAAAGAAAUCCUGUGACGAUUACGCUUUCUCGAAUCUCGGAGCCUUGGCAAAUCAGGAAGAGUUCAAUAAGAUAGACUUUGAAUAUAUUUCAAUACUGGUUGGACGGAACAAUAUAUCUUACUCGGAAGAUUCUAAACUUUCUUUGUUUCUAACAUGGAUUAAAAGUGACCCUGAGAACCGUAAAAAGUACAUCGUCGAAAUGGAUAAAUUGAUGCAACUUUCAAAAGUAUCUUCUGAAUAUGCGACAUAUUUGUCUGAAAAAGAUCCGAUCUUUCAAGAGUCAACAGACCACAUGAAAAUGCUGAUUCUAAUGUUUUCUAAAACCAAAGGGGAACCAGCAGCGAUUCCUAUGCAUGUUCCGGCUGCAAAUAACACUUUGAUACUUUUCAAUAAAAAUUUGUUGAGUAUGAGAACAUUCCAACCAAAUAUAAAAGGUUUGUCAGGCACGAUUUCCAUCAAACGGGAUCUCACGGGAUAUCAUCAAAGUUUCACAGCUGUUGUUUGGAAACAAAACCUGUUCGUUUUUACGAGUUCUGCAAAAGUAUAUCAAUGUGCGUUUCAUGUUAAUGGAUUCACAAAUUGGUCAGCAAGGGCAAACACUAAAUUCUCUCACAGCCAGUUUCUGAAGGUCGUUGUUUAUAAAGAUUUUGCUUAUAUUGUUGGCGAUAACUUGAUGGAAAAAUAUAAUCUCACGAAUGACAUAUCAACCAAAAUUGACAAUAUCGCGGUUGUGUGCUCUUAUUGUUCUUUGGCAGAGUGUGGGGGAUUUAUCUAUGUUUUAGGUGGCCAUACAAAUUCCACACAUAGUGGGAAUUUAAGAUCUGUCAACAGAUACUGCCCGGCAUCAUCCUGCUGGAACGUGGUGAGGUCGAUGAACGUUGCAAGACAGAUUCCGGGAGUGGCUGUUUAUAAUGGAAAAAUUUAUGUCGCUGGUGGAUACGACACUGCCAAAUCAUUGUCAAGUUGUGAAUACUUUGAUCCACAAACUAACAAUUGGACAAACUUGCCGUCGAUAUCAGUUCAAGGUACUGAGAAGUAUGAUUUCCGUAACGGGAACUGGAACAAUGUUACAGAGCUCGGAAAUUUGAACAUAGAAGCAUCCGCUUCCGUGUCUUUGUAUUUAGAAUCGACCUAA